AUGGAUAUGUUUCCUCUCACCUGGCUUUUCCUAGCCCUCUACUUUUCAGGACGAGGAGUGAGAGGCCAACCAGACCCACCCUGUGGCGGUCGUUUGAAUUCCAAAGAUGCUGGCUACAUCACCUCGCCAGGGUACCCCCAGGACUACCCGUCCCACCAGAACUGCGAGUGGAUUGUUUACGCGCCCGAACCCAACCAGAAGAUUGUCCUCAACUUCAACCCGCACUUCGAAAUCGAGAAGCAUGACUGCAAGUAUGACUUCAUCGAGAUCCGGGAUGGGGACAGCGAGGCUGGGGACCUUCUGGGGAAGCACUGUGGGAACAUCGCUCCGCCCACCAUCAUCUCCUCGGGCUCCGUGCUCUUCAUCAAGUUCACCUCCGACUACGCCCGGCAGGGCGCCGGCUUCUCCCUGCGCUACGAGAUCUUCAAGACAGGCUCUGAAGAUUGUUCAAAAAACUUCACCAGCCCCAACGGGACCAUUGAGUCCCCCGGGUUCCCCGAGAAGUACCCGCACAACCUGGACUGCACCUUCACCAUCCUGGCCAAACCCAAGAUGGAGAUCGUCCUGCAGUUUCUGACCUUUGACCUGGAGCAUGACCCCUUGCAGGUGGGGGAAGGAGACUGCAAAUACGACUGGCUGGACAUCUGGGACGGCAUCCCCCAUGUGGGUCCCCUGAUCGGCAAGUACUGUGGGACCAAAACACCCUCGGAACUACGUUCGUCGACAGGGAUCCUCUCUCUGACCUUUCACACGGACAUGGCGGUGGCCAAGGAUGGCUUCUCCGCCCGCUACCACCUGGUCCACCAAGAACCGCUCGAGAACUUUCAGUGCAAUGUCCCUCUGGGAAUGGAGUCCGGCAGGAUUGCUAAUGAGCAGAUCAGUGCCUCCUCUACCUACUCCGACGGGAGGUGGAGACCUCAGCAAAGCCGGCUCCAUGGGGAUGACAACGGCUGGACACCCAACUUGGAUUCCAACAAGGAGUAUCUCCAGGUGGACCUGCGCUUUCUGACCAUGCUCACGGCCAUCGCCACGCAGGGGGCGAUUUCCAGGGAGACCCAGAACGGCUAUUACGUCAAAUCCUACAAGCUGGAAGUCAGCACGAAUGGUGAAGACUGGAUGGUGUACCGGCAUGGCAAAAACCACAAGGUAUUCCAGGGCAACAGCGACGCCACGGAGGUGGUUCUGAACAGGCUGCACACGCCGCUGCUCACGAGGUUCGUCCGGGUCCGCCCUCAGACCUGGCACGCGGGCAUUGCCCUCAGGCUGGAGCUCUUCGGCUGCCGGGUCACAGACGCCCCCUGCUCCAACAUGCUGGGCAUGCUCUCAGGCCUCAUCACGGACACGCAGAUCUCUGCCUCCUCCACCCGCGAGUACCUCUGGAGCCCCGGCGCCGCCCGCUUGGUCAGCAGCCGCUCGGGCUGGUUCCCCCGCAUCCCACAGGCCCAGCCAGGGGAGGAGUGGCUGCAGGUGGACCUGGGAGCGCCCAAGACCGUGAAGGGCGUCAUUGUCCAGGGGGCGCGAGGAGGGGACAGCAUCACUGCCGUGGAGGCCCGGGCCUUUGUGCGCAAGUUCAAGGUCUCCUACAGCCUGAACGGCAAGGACUGGGAGUACAUCCCCGACCCCAGGACUCAGCAGCCAAAGCUGUUUGAAGGGAACAUGCACUACGACACCCCUGACAUCCGAAGGUUCGACCCCGUCCCUGCGCAGUACGUGCGGGUGUACCCCGAGAGGUGGUCGCCGGCGGGAAUUGGGAUGCGGCUGGAGGUGCUUGGCUGUGACUGGACAGAUGCAAAGCCCACCGUGGAGACACUGGGACCCACCGUGAGGGGCGAAGAGACCACCACCCCAUAUCCCAUUGACGAGGAGGCCACGGAGUGCGGGGAGAACUGCAGCUUUGAGGACGACAAAGAUUUGCAGCUCCCCUCAGGAUUCAACUGCAACUUCGACUUCCCCGAGGAGGCCUGCGGCUGGAUGUACGACCACGCCAAGUGGCUGCGGAGCACCUGGGCCAGCAGCACCAGCCCCGACGACCGCACGUUCCCUGAUGACAGGAACUUCCUGCGGCUGCAGAGCGACGGGCGCAGAGAGGGCCAGUAUGGGCGGCUCAUCAGCCCGCCCGUGCACCUGCCCCAGAGCCCCGUGUGCAUGGAGUUCCAGUACCAGGCCACCGGCGGCCGCGGGGUGGCGCUGCAGGUGGUGCGCGAAGCCAGCCAGGAGAGCAAGCUCCUCUGGGUCAUCCGCGAGGACCAGGGCGGCGAGUGGAAGCACGGGCGCAUCAUCCUGCCCAGCUACGACAUGGAGUACCAGAUCGUGUUCGAGGGAGUCAUAGGGAAAGGACGCUCCGGAGAGAUUGCCAUCGAUGACAUCCGGAUAAGCACCGACGUCCCGCUGGAGAACUGCAUGGAACCCAUCUCAGCUUUUGCAGUGGACAUCCCAGAAGUACAUGGGAGAGAGGGCUAUGAAGAUGAAAUUGUUGAUGAGUACGAAGUGGACUGGAGCAACUCCUCCUCCUCCACCUCUGGGUCCAGCACCCCGGAGGCCGACAAAGAGAAGAGCUGGCUCUACACGCUGGAUCCCAUCCUCAUCACCAUCAUCGCCAUGAGCUCGCUGGGCGUCCUUCUGGGGGCCACGUGCGCCGGGCUCCUGCUCUACUGCACCUGCUCCUACUCGGGCCUGAGCUCCCGCAGCUGCACCACGCUCGAGAACUACAACUUUGAGCUCUACGACGGCCUCAAGCACAAGGUCAAGAUGAACCACCAGAAGUGCUGCUCUGAGGCCUGA